AUGUCAAUAACAUCGUUUGACGACCGCCCGGGCCGCGGCGGCUUCCUAACUUUCAACUCUGGCCUCCCACGCAUCUACCUCAGUUGCGCGCUUCCCGCACCAGAAAAAGCCCUCCUAGCCUGGCGCGAAGAAGGCUACGAUACACGGUUUCUGCCGUACGAUGCGCGCACACAGUCACAGGCAGAGUACAUUGCAAGCGUAAAGGCGCUAUCCUCGACGCUCAACCUAGGCGAGCAUUAUGCGCUAAUAGCAUACGGCGACGCAGCAAGCGUAGUGCUCAAGACGGCACAGAAACCUCUAGCCAAAUGUUGUGCAAUUAUUGCUUUUUACCCUACCGUACUGCCCAGCCCAAAGACCAUGUAUCCAAACUCGCAUCAACUCCAAGUUCACAUUGCAGGCCGUAGCCAAACGAGUCCGCGACCAGACAUGUGCGCCUGGAAACUGUACCGGUACGAAAAAUGUGCGACUGGCUUCGCGGACCCGGCAUCUCCAGCAUACGAAACAGUAGAAGCCAACCUCGCAUGGACACGCACCUUAUCCUGCGUCCGCAAAGGCUUCGGUAAGAACCUCGAUCUCGAACCCCUGGCCCAAGCCCACUGGAAUGCCAAAUUCGAAGACGACGACCCAGACCGGGCAAGCAUGGAUAUCAUCAAGAACAUGACGCAAGACAGUCCACACGUGACGGUUUUGCCCACAUUGCAAGGUGGCGUGGGACGGCGCAAGCUGGCAGAGUUUUAUGGUGAGUUCUUCGUUCCAAGUCUCGUCCCGGACUUUGAGAUUAGACUUGUUUCACGGACCAUGGGCGUGAAUCGUAUCGUGGAUGAGAUGGUGGUGUCGUUUACGCAUUCGGACGAGGUGGAUUGGAUACUACCGGGGGUCAAGGCGACACAUAAGCGUGUCGAGGUUGCUAUGGUGAGUGUUGUGGCGGUCAGAGGGGAUAAGUUGGUGAGCGAGCAUAUGUAUUGGGAUCAGGCUUCUGUGCUGGUGCAGGUGGGGUUGUUGGACCCGAAGGUGGUGCCAAAGAAGAUGAAGGGGGAAGGGUUGAAGAUGCUGCCUGUGGUUGGGGCUGAGGCGGCCAAGCAACUGGUGGAACCGCAGCAGGGGAAGUAUAAUAGGUUAUUGCAGGUGCAUGGGUUGCUAGAUGGGGUGAAUGGGAACUGA